GGCUCUUAAAUGCCCCUCAUCAAUAGCCGCAUGUACUGAUAUCCGCGUCCGUCUUCCACCUGCGCACCGGAGCGCCGACAAAGUUUGGUCAGAGGUGAAUCCGCUAAGAGGGAUGAUGACGGGGAACCACUGGGGAUAUGGAAAAGAGGACGGUCCUUCUGUCUGGCACAAAAACUACCCGGUUGCCCAGGGGGACCGGCAGUCUCCCAUUGACAUUGUCCCUCACCAGGCUUCACAUGACCCAAGUCUGGAUCCGGUUGUCCUAAACUACGAUCAGUGUACCUCCACCAAAAUCAGCAACAGCGGAACCUCUGUUGUUGUGGAGUUUGACGACUCGGAUGACCGCUCAGUGAUCCGGGGAGGCCCCCUUGACAACCCCUACAGGCUAAAACAGUUUCACUUCCACUGGGGCGGAAAGGGCUGCCAUGGCUCUGAGCACACUGUCGGAGGAAAUAGCUACGCUUCUGAGCUUCAUUUAGUACACUGGAAUGCUGUCAAGUACAAGACGUUUGGGGAGGCCGCAACUGCUCCCGAUGGCCUCGCUGUCCUCGGCAUCUUUUUAGAAACAGGUGACGACCACAGAUGGCUCCACGUGAUUACCGACGCUCUGUACACGGUGAAGUACAAGGGUAGUGUCGCCGAUUUCAAAGGUUUCAACCCCAAGUGCCUGCUGCCCAGCAGCCUCCACUACUGGACCUACCUGGGAUCCCUGACCACACCCCCCCUGCAUGAGAGCGUCAUCUGGGUUGUCUUGAAGGAGCCAAUCACAGUGUCGGAAAAGCAGCUGGGCAAGCUGAGAACGCUUCUGUUCUCCGGAGAGGAGGAGAAUGAGAGGACGCGCAUGGAAAACAACUUCAGACCUCCCCAGCUUCUCAAAGGCAGGAAAGUGCGUUCCUCCAACUAAUGUGACCCCCACAGGUCUGAAGUCCUAGAUUACAGCGGCUCUAUAAAAUGCAUUGAUAUGAUUGUACUUACCUUUAUGGGUAUUUUUGUCUGAAUUGACUUUGCACAGAAGAGUAAUUCUCAUCACUGCCAGCUCAUUGACAUGCGUGUGUCCUCUUCUGGUCAGAAGCUUCAAUGGCAGAGCGACGCAUCAUUUUUAAAAAUGUUUUAGGGACAACUGAAAGUGAUACAAUGAAGCAAUAUAACAAUAUUAACGUUGCAAGUUUGUUAUUUGACUAAACAGUGUUAAUAUCUGACAUUAUUAUAACAAGCUACAUGUAAUGAAAAUUCAAAAGAUGAAUGUGUUGCAAAAGCGAGCGCUUGUAAGGUGCUGUCAUAUGAAACCAAUACAUGCAGACUGGUAUGAUGCCAUUCUGCAGAUACACAGCCUUGGCCUCCUUACUGAUCUCGAUUGAUCCCUCGUUCCAGCCCUUUGCUGUGGGAUUCCCAGUCCCCGUGAGCAUAGAUCCCUUCCAGUCCAGCAAUCCCAACUGAGAGGGGGUCCCUUCGGCCAUGACGUAAGGCAUGGAAAUCUCUGGUCCUUUAGAGCUCGAGCGACUUGAAAUAUCCGUCAGCCAGCAGGGUGAUAGAUUUUCUUUAAAUCUGGAGGCCUUGCUAAAGAUAAUGGCUUCAGAUAUUUCUCAUGUGGAAUUCCUUAUUUAUAGGUACUGCGGCUCCAACAAAGCUGCCGAUUGAAUUCAAUAUUUCAAACAGUGAAUCUUUGGCUUUAAAUUGCAGUGCUGCUGUUUCUACCAUGCAGGAAGUGACGCCUGGAGCCGCACUCGUAAACAUGCAGUCCAACAUGUAAAUGCUGGGUGUCUCACUUGGGAGAGUUAUGGUGACUUUGUCUAAUGCAGGUCCUUAUUCAGAGGGACCCAAAUAUUUUUAAGGUACAGCAGUAAUGGACUUAUUUUGUUUCGAUACAAUAAACACUGGCAGUUAUUUGUUUCUUUAUGUGAAAGAACAUUACAAUUGUAGUUUGAGUGGUUUAUGUAUUUAAGGUUUUAAAACCUAUGAAUUAAAUAAAUGAACUUAGGGUCA